CGCAGGCGCCCCGGGCGCUGCCAACCGAAGUAGCAAUGGACGCGCUGGAGUCGUUGUUGGACGAAGUGUCUCUGGAGGGGCUCGAUGGCCUGUGUCUGCCCGCGCUGUGGAGCCGCCUGGAGACGCGAGUGCCGCCCUUCCCGCUGCCUUUGGAGCCCUACACGCAGGAGUUUCUGUGGCGGGCCCUUGCCACGCACCCGGGCAUCAGCUUCUUUGAGGAGCCUCGGGAGCGACCCGACCUCCAGCUCCAGGACCGGUAUGAAGAAAUUGAUUUGGAAACUGGAAUUUUGGAGUCCAGGCGGGACCCAGUCCCUUUGGAAGAUGUCUACCCCAUUCAUAUGAUCUUAGAGAAUAAGGAUGGCAUCCAGGGCUCGUGCCGCUACUUUAAGGAGAGGAAAAACAUUACCAAUGAUGUCAGGACCAAGUCUUUGCAGCCUCGCUGUACGAUGGUGGAAGCCUUUGACAGGUGGGGGAAGAAACUGAUCAUUGUUGCCUCCCAGGCCAUGCGGUACAGGGCCUUGAUAGGCCAGGAGGGGGAUCCUGACCUGAAGCUCCCUGACUUCUCUUACUGCAUCCUGGAGCGACUAGGCCGGUCCAGGUGGCAAGGAGAGCUCCAGCGAGACCUUCACAGCACUGCUUUCAAGGUUGAUGCUGGGAAGCUGCACUAUCAUAGGAAAAUUUUGAACAAAAAUGGGCUCAUUACGAUGCAGUCCCAUGUGAUCCGAUUACCCACUGGAGCCCAACAACAUUCAAUCCUCCUCCUCCUGAACCGGUUUCAUGUGGACAGGAGGAGCAAAUACGACAUCCUCAUGGAGAAGCUUUCAGCCAUGCUGAGCACACGGAGUAACCAGAUGGAGACACUAGGAAAGCUGAGGGAAGAACUGGGGCUGUGUGAAAGGACAUUUAAGCGUCUAUACCAGUACAUGCUGAAUGCCGGACUAGCCAAAGUGGUUUCUCUUCCCUUGCAAGAGAUUCACCCUGAAUGUGGACCUUGUAAGACAAAGAAAGGGACUGACGUCAUGGUUCGGUGCCUCAAGCUGCUGAAGGAAUUUAAGCGGAAGGUCGAAGAUGACCAGGAGGAGGACGAGGAUGAGGAGGUCAUCUCCAAGGCAGUGCGUCCAAUGGAUAUUGUGUUUGAGCGGGAUAUGCUCACACAGACCUAUGAGCUCAUUGAGCGCAGAGGCACGAAAGGAAUUUCCCAAGCUGAAAUCCGAGUGGCUAUGAACGUGGGAAAGCUAGAAGCAAGAAUGCUGUGCCGGCUUCUUCAAAGAUUCAAGGUGGUCAAGGGAUUCAUGGAAGAUGAAGGUCGGCAGCGGACCACCAAGUACAUCUCCUGCGUAUUUGCAGAGGAGAGCGACCUGAGCCGGCAGUACCAGAGAGAGAAAGCCCGGAGUGAGCUCCUGACCACAGUGAGCCUGGCCUCUGUGCAAGAGGAGUCACUUCUGCCAGAAGGCGAAGACACCUUCCUCUCCGAUUCAGACAGCGAGGAGGAGGGCAGCAGCAGCAGCAGCAAGCGGAAGGGCAGAGGGUCCCAGGGGGAUGCGAGAUCCUCCGCACACCCCGGGCCGGGGACUCAGUUUCAUCACUCUACCCCAACCAAGGGUGGGUGGAAAGUCCUAAACCUACACCCGUUGAAGAAGCAGCCAUCUUCCUCCCCAGGAGCUGCUGAGGAGAAAGCCUGCCGGAGCUCAGCCAGCAGGGACAACCUCCUGGACACCAGCAGCACCUCAGACCCCAGCGUGUCCUUUGGCUCCCACUGCCUGGACAGUAACAGCGGCGACAUAGCUGUGAUCGAGGAGGUCCGGCUUGAAAACCCAAAGGAGAGUAGCAGUUCCCAGAAGACCGGGAGGCACGGCCCAGGCCAAGACAAACCCCAUGAAACUUACCGACUGCUGAAACGCAGGAAUCUGAUCAUAGAAGCCGUCACCAACCUCCGCUUAAUUGAGAGCUUAUUUACGAUUCAGAAGAUGAUCAUGGACCAGGAGAAGCAAGAAGGCGUGUCCACCAAGUGCUGUAAGAAGUCCAUCGUCCGCUUGGUGCGAAACCUGUCUGAGGAAGGUCUCUUGAGACUGUAUCGGACUACAGUCAUCCAAGAUGGCAUCAAGAAGAAGGUGGACCUGGUGGUGCACCCGUCCAUGGACCAGAAUGACCCUCUCGUGAGAAGUGCCAUUGAGCAGGUUCGCUUCCGGAUCUCCAAUUCAAGCACGGCCAACAGGGUUAAAGUUUCCCAGCCUCCAGCACCCCAAGGGGAGGCAGAAGAAGAAAGUCAAGGAAAAGAGGGCCCAAGUGGAUCAGAAGACUCUCACCUGAGUGCUUCCUCUAAAUCAGAAAGUGGACGGAUGAAAAAAAGUGAUGAGAAAAUGGGCAUAACCCAGCUUAGAAAUUAUAACCCUGUUGUAGUUCCCGGACUCGGACGUUCUCUAGGGUUUCUGCCCAAAAUGCCUCGGCUGCGGGUGGUCCACAUGUUUCUGUGGUACCUGAUCUAUGGGCACCCUGCCAGCAACACAGUGGAGAAGCCGAGUCACAUCAGUGAAAGAAGAACAAUAAAGCAGGAGCCCGGCAGAGCAGGAGCCCAGGCCUCAUCCUCCAGAAGCAUCUGGGAGGCCUCCCCAUCCAAAGACAGCCAAGAUGGCGUCACCUGGGAGGCUGAAGUGGAGCUUGCCACAGAGACAGUAUAUGUGGAUGAAGCCUCGUGGACGCGCUACAUCCCUCCCAUCCCGGUCCACAGGGACUUUGGAUUUGGCUGGGCCCUCGUCAGUGACAUUCUCCUCUGUCUGCCGCUCUCCAUCUUUGUCCAGAUUGUGCAAGUCAGCUACAAGGUGGACAACCUGGAGGAGUAUCUGAAUGACCCUCUGAAGAAGCACACGCUGAUCCGGUUUCUCCCCAGGCCCAUCCGGCAGCAGCUCCUGUACAAGAGGCGUUACAUUUUUUCAGUGGUGGAGAACCUUCAGAGGCUGUGCUACAUGGGGCUGCUACAGUUUGGUCCCACGGAAAAGUUUCAGGACAAAGAUCAGGUCUUUAUCUUCUUGAAGAAGAAUGCGGUCAUCGUUGACACCACCAUCUGCGACCCCCAUUACAACCUUGCCCGCAGCAGCCGACCCUUUGAAAGGCGUCUCUACGUCCUCAACUCAAUGCAGGAUGUGGAAAACUACUGGUUUGAUCUACAGUGUGUCUGCCUCAAUACCCCACUAGGCGUGGUGCGCUGCCCACGCGUCAGGAAGAGCAGCAGCCCAGACCAGGGCAGUGACGAGGAGGGCAGCCUGCAGAAGGAGCAAGAGAGCGCCAUCGACAAGCACAACUUGGAGCGCAAGUGUGCCAUGAUGGAGUACACCACCGGGAGCCGUGAGGUUGUGGAUGAAGGCUUGAUCCCUGGAGAUGGGCUGGGAGCCGCUGGCCUGGAUUCCAGCUUCUAUGGACACCUAAAGCGCAACUGGAUCUGGACCAGCUAUAUCAUCAACAAAGCCAGAAAGGAGAAUACUACUGCGGAGAAUGGGCUCACAAUGAGGCUCCAGACGUUCCUGUCCAAGCGCCCACUGCCACUCAGUGCCGGAGGCAAUGGCAGAUUGAAUAUCUGGGGAGAAGCAAGAGCAGGCUCUGAGCUCUGCACUGACAGGGAAGAACAGUUUGAGGUUGACCGAGAGCCCACCCUGGACAGAAACCGGAGAGUGAGGGGUGGGAAAAGCCAGAGGCGGAAACGGCUGAAGAAGGACCCUGGAAAGAAGAUCAAGAGGAAGAGAAAAGGAGAGUUCCCAGGAGGAAAAAGCAAAAGGCUGCGCUACCACGACGAGGCUGACCAGAGCGCCCUGCAGAGGAUGACACGGCUGCGCGUCACCUGGUCCAUGCAGGAGGAUGGGCUGCUCAUGCUCUGCCGGAUCGCCAGCAAUGUCCUCAACACCAAGGUGAAGGGCCCAUUUGUCCCCUGGCAAGUCGUGCGAGACAUUCUGCACGCUACCUUUGAAGAGUCUUUGGAUAAAACAUCUCACUCGGUUGGACGAAGAGCUCGCUACAUAGUCAAAAAUCCACAAGCCUAUCUGAACUAUAAGGUUUGCCUCGCUGAGGUGUACCAGGAUAAAGCACUUGUUGGAGAUUUCAUGAAUCGAAGAUGUGACUAUGAUGACCCGAAGGUUUGUGCCAGUGAGUUUAAAGAGUUUGUGGAGAAGCUUAAGGAGAAGUUCAGUUCAGCCCUAAGGAAUUCUAACCUUGAAAUUCCAGACACACUCCAGGAACUGUUUGCCAGAUACCGAGUUUUGGCAAUUGGGGAUGAGAAAGAUCAAAUCAGGAAAGAGGAUGAACUUAAUAGCGUGGAUGACAUCCACUUCCUGGUGCUCCAGAACCUCAUCCAGAGCACACUGGCCCUCUCGGACAGUCAGAUGAAGUCCUGCCAGUCAUUUCAGACCUUCCGCCUCUACCGGGAGUACAAGGACCAGACCCUGGUGAAGGCCUUCAUGGAGUGCCAGAAAAGGAGCUUGGUCAACCGGCGCCGGGUCAACCACACGCUGGGCCCCAAGAAGAACCGGGCCUUGCCCUUCGUGCCCAUGUCCUACCAGUUAUCCCAGACCUACUACAGGAUUUUCACAUGGCGAUUUCCAAGCACCAUCUGCACGGAAUCAUUCCAGUUUCUUGACAGAAUCCGGGCUGCUGGCAAGUUGGACCAGGCUGAUAAUUUUUCUUUCAAAGACCAGGAUAAUAACGACUCCACAAAUGACAUGGUGGCAUUUUCUUUGGACGGCCCUGGAGGGCAUUGUGUGGCUGCCCUGACCCUUUUCUCCCUGGGCCUCAUGUCCGUGGAUGUCAGGAUCCCGGAGCAGAUCAUAGUGGUGGACAGUUCCAUGGUGGAGAACGAGGUCAUUAAGAGCUUGGGAAAGGACGGUGGCUUGGAGGACGAUGAGGAUGAAGAGGAAGACUUGGAUGAAGGCUCAGGGGGCAAGCGCCGGGCCAUGGAGGUGAAGCCCGCCCAGGCCUCCCACACCAACUACCUGCUGAUGAGGGGCUACUACUCCCCUGGCAUCGUCAGCACCCGCAACCUCAACCCCAAUGACAGCAUCGUGGUCAACUCCUGCCAAGUGAAGUUCCGGCUCCGCCGCACCCCUCUGCCUACCCAGCUCGGGCCCACUGCCACUUCUCUGGACGAGCUAACAGCGGGAAUCUCCUUCCUUCCUGACACGUUCACCAGGCUGAUAAACCCCCAAGAAAACCCCUGCAGCUUGGAAGAGUUUGUCCGCCAGCUGGAGCUGUCUGGGUAUAAACCCGAAGAUGUGUCUGCCGCCUUGGAGAUCCGGGAAGCCAUCGUGGCCUCGGGCUGUUUCGGGGUUGACAAGGAGGAGCUGCGCAGACGCUUCUCGGCCCUCGAGGAGACAGGCAGCGAGCGCACCCGGGCGUUCGCAGACUGCGUCCAGGACCUCCUGGAGCAACAGCAGGUGCUGGAAGUUGGCGGCAACACCAUUCGCCUGGUGGCCACGGCCGCUGCCCAGCCCUGGCUCCUGCACUCGGUGCGGCUAAAAGGCAAAGAGGAGGAGGCCGACGCCCAAAGAGAAGAGCCCCUGGCCAGGGCCCUGGAGGGGCCUUCCAGUGAGGACAGCCCCACUGAGAGGCCGGCACCGCCAUCUCAGGGUUCCCAGAGCGCCAAGAGGCGCGCCAGCUGGGCCGAUCAGAGUGGGGAGGCCGAUGCUGAGGGUACUGAGAAGCCCCCGGCAAAGAGGCCUGCACUGGAGGACACGCGGCUGCCCCCCAGCCCCGGGCCCAGGGCAGAAAAGGAGGCAGAAACCCAGGCCCCAGCUCCGCCUGCAGCUCUGGAAGACACUGCUGCAGGGAGGGCUGGACAGGAGGACCAAGAGGCUGUUGGGGUGUCCGUCUCUCCAGGCCAAGAGCAGCUGAGCUCUCAGGCCCCGCUUCCAGAAGGCUCUGAAGACCCCAGAGGGUCGGCAGAGAGUUCUGGAGCCGGCAGCCUCUCCCAGGCAGCACGGGAAAGGGACUGCGAGAGCGUCUGCUUCAUCGGCCGCCCCUGGCGCGUGGUGGACGGCCACCUGAACAUGCCCGUGUGCAAGGGCAUGAUGGAGGCCGUGCUGUACCACAUCAUGACCAGGCCCGGCGUCCCUGAGAGCUGCCUGCUGCGCCACUACCAGGGCGUCCUGCAGCCCGUCGCGGUGCUGGAGCUGCUGCAGGGCCUGGAGUCCCUUGGCUGCAUCAGGAGGCGCCUGCUAAGGAAGCCCAAGCCCGUCUCCCUCUUCUCCAAGCCCGAGGUGGAGGAGCCAGAGGCCCCCUGCAGCCCCGGCGAGAGCCCCACGGCCUUCUAUGAGCCCACGCUGGACUGCGCCCUCCGGCUGGGCCGCGUGUUCCCCCACGAGGUCAACUGGAACAAGUGGAUCCACUUAUAGGGCACCUGCGGGCAUCGCCUCCCCUCCCAGCCGCUGCUGCCACGCCGGCCCCACUUGGUGGUCCGCAGACCCCACUGCUUCCCCAGGACGUUGGUCUGUGCCGAGCCUCCUGCAGCAGGGGACAGUACUCCGGCUAGAGCAGUGCCUGACAGGUGCAUCCCACUGUCCCGGGACUCUGGAAAAGGCCCCCCACAUGCCUGUCCCCGGGCUCUUCCGGGGCUGCUCCUCGGGAACCUGCUUUAUCACACUGGAGUUGGUGCUUCUUGUCCCAGCCAGGCUGGGACGUGGUGGAGCAGCUGUGGGGACUGUGGCCCUUCCAUUCUCCCCUCCUGUCCCCGUGGUCUCAGCCACUGGCCGCUGCGGCGCGUUUCCUGCUCUCAGGGGAGCUGCGUGCGGCUCUCUCUGGAGCCUGGGCCGGAGUGGGGUUUGGGAGGUCCUGGGGGGCGUCUGAGGAGGGGCUGCCGUCCGGGAGCAGAGCUGCCUCCCAGGCCCUGGCCUUCCGUGCACACCCCAGAGCCAUCGUCAGGGGCCAGUGGGGCCUCGGGGUUCGCCCCACCUGUGCACCCUCACAUUCCAGACUCCAGCCACCUCGGCAGACUUCUGGAUCCUUGCGUGCCCAGGCGCCACUGAGAGGGAGGGUCUCGUGGGAGACGUGUCACAGAACAAGGGCCGCGUUCCCUGCUGCCAAGGGGCCCCUGCGGAGACUGCAGCUCCUCCCCAGGCAGGACAUCCCGGCCCUGCUGGCAUUGAGCCACCCAGAGCGGAGCUGGGGUCCCUUUUCUAGCCUCUCGGGUCAACCUGGCAGGCCCGCUGGGCUGGGUGCCCGGCUUUCCCAACCUGGCCGGCGAUUUCCUGCCGGCCCCAGACUCGAGGCGUCCCUGUAGGUUUUGGUUUUGUUUGUUUUAUAUUUGUUCUUUAACCUUUUUCCUCAUUAAAAAAAAAAAAAUAGUC